CAAACACAACGUCCAUCCGACAAACGGUCAGUCGAAAGUAGACGCGCGAGUCGGUACAUCGUUAGCGCGCGAAUAUUAAUAUUUUGUUCUUAAUUUAAAAAAUUAAAAUGCUGUUCUACGUCACCGUGGCUGUGCUACUGGCCAGUGUCCAGGCGAAGUUUUACACGGAUUGCGGAUCAAAGCUGUCCACAUUGCAGAAGGUGGAAGUGAGCGGGUGUUCUGACAAUGCCAAGGAAUGUAUUCUCAAGAGAAACACUAAUGUCUCCAUCAACCUUGAAUUUACACCAUCAAAGGAUAUAAAGAAUUUGGAGACAGAAGUUCACGGUGUGAUAAUGAACCUGCCGGUGCCUUUCCCGCUGCCGCAGCCAGACGCUUGCAAGGACACCGGCCUCAGCUGUCCUUUGAAGGCCGGCGAAGUAGCGAAAUAUAAAUCAACAUUACCAGUUUUGAAGUCAUAUCCUAAAGUAAAAGUCGACGUGAAAUGGGAACUGAAGUUUGACGAAGAAGACGUCGUUUGCAUAUUAAUACCCGCCAAAAUCAAUUAAAAUAUUAAAUAACUAACACUUAUGCCUAAGGAUGUAAUUUAUAUCAGAAAAUGUUACAGAUUUUCCCCGCCUAAAUUUUGACAAUUUUGUAUUGUCAGAUUUGACAAAGGAAUUUGAAUCGUACAGCCAUAAGAACUAACAUAUUUUUAAAACUUAAAAUAUAAAACUCGAAUAAACACUCUCACACAAUGAUGACUUAAACAAAAU